ACGUCGGGCGGCAGCGCCAUGGGCCGCGCGCACGCACAAACCCACGCACGCCCUGCGGAAGCGCCGAGUUCCCGGCGCUCAGAGUCGGCCCGGAGCAGGGGGAGGGGAGGCGCUGUCGGUGUCGGCGCGGGCGGAGGGGCGUGAGGAAAGUCCUACGGUGGCCGCAGAGGGACGGCGCUACGGCUCCCACGCUGGGCCAAACGCCGCCGGCCGCCGCGCGCGGGAGCCCCAGGCCCUUCGGGGCGGCCCCGAGCGGGGACGCGUGAGGGCCCGGACCCGCACCCGCGGCGCCGUCGGCAGCAUGCGGCCGCCCAGCUCCCGGAGCCCCAAGGGACAGGGGCGCCCGCAGGCCCGGCCGCCGGCACCGCCCGCCUCCCCCGCGUCGAGGGCACUCGGCGCACACCUCCCCGGGGCUCAGCAGCGGGCUCCCGGGUCUCGGUGCCCAUGACGCCCAUGCUGACUGCUGCCUGGACGCCGCUGCGCCAAUGCCGGUCAUGCCCAUCCCGCGGCGGGUGCGCUCCUUCCACGGCCCGCACACCACCUGCCUGCACGCGGCCUGCGGCCCAGCGCGCGCCUCCCGCCUGGCGCGCACCAAGUACAACAACUUCGACGUGUACGUGCGGGCGCGCUGGCUCUACGGCUUCAUCCGCUUCCUGCUGUACUUCAGCUGCAGCCUCUUCACGGCGGCACUCUGGGGCGCGCUGGCCGCCCUCUUCUGCCUGCAGUACCUGGGCGUGCGCGUCCUGCUGCGCUUCCAGCUCAAACUGUCGGUGCUGCUGCUGCUCCUGGGCCGCCGGCGCGUGGACUUCCGCCUCCUGAACGAGCUGCUCAUCUACACCAUCCACGUGACCAUGCUGCUGGUGGGCGGCCUGGGCUGGUGCUUCAUGGUCUUCGUGGACAUGUGAGGGCGCCCCGGCCGCGCUCCGUGUGUCUGCUGUGCCCCGGGCGGUAGAUGCUUCUGCAGCCUGUGUUUUCUUGACCGGGUGGGUCUUUUCAGCCCAUCCCACGGAUGAGGUUGCAGACACUUCCUGCCCCUCGCCCGGUCUCUGGCCCAGGAGAGGAAAGGGCUGAGACUUCUGUGAAGGGGAGCUGGGGCCCUUCCUCCUGCUGGUUUCUGCUUUCGCCCUCCCUGUGUGCACAUUCAGGUGCGGUGUCCCCCGGCCGCCUGCCUGUGGUUCCAGGCUGCACUUUUCCAGGCUGUGCUGUAAGGUGGGGCCCACCUGUCCAGUCUGCACUUGGAGAGCCUCUGUGUCCCUGCCCCCUCUCCAGGACACUGGCAUCACCAAUGUUGUGGGAGACCCCUGGGAGGGGUGUGCUGCCCAGGAGCAGAGCUGGAGGGGGGUCCUCUUGGCCACACAGCCCCCUUCCCGUGCACCCCGGGCUCCGGACCCAGCCUUAGGGAGGUGUCAGCCUCCACCAGCUGCCACCGCACUGCCACGAAGCUGUGCACCCCGUCCUGGGCCAACCAGCUCUCCAUCUGUCACCCUAAGAGGUGUCGGGGGUCCUGGUCCCAGGCCAGGCUUCAGCGUCACCCUGGUUUUCUUCGACAUAGUAUAGCGGGGAGUCACAGAUGGCCUUGGCAGGUUCCUAGGUCAGGGCCCACCCCCUGGGCAGGUCUGGUGAGAACGUCAAGCCGGAUGCCAUAGUCUUCCCAGGUGGAUUUCUGGGGAGGCGGCUCAAUUCUUUUCUGGCUCCAGGGGCUUUUGGCCUCUCUUCCUUUGAAGGAACAUCCAGAACCGAGAUAUCUGUGUCUGGAACAGACGCCAGAGGUCUUGAGGAGGUGCACCAAGGCCUCUGAGUGCGCACCCUGGAAACACGAGUAAACCCCACGUUUAAAAAACCCCUCCUAGAGUCGGUGUGUCCCAGGGCUGGACCUCCGAGCGAGGGGCCCUGGCGGCCCCUCGGCCCCCCUGCUCCUGCCUCGUUAGAGCGCCUGUCAGAGCAGCUGGGGAGUAAAAAGCAAAAAUGAAUGUGGGUCAGGAAAGGACGAAGGGCCAGUGGGGGGGCUUCUGGUCACAAAGAGGAUACUGCCACCAGGGGCCAGGGUUUUGCCUGGGUCCCUACUCUGGCCUUCUCCAUCCGAGGGGGACAGGGUGGCAUAGUGGCCACCGAGGGCCUCAUUGGCAAGUGAGAGGGCACUCAGAAUGAUUAUGCUGGGACAACAAGCAGGGAUGAAGCCGGGAUCCAGGGCCCCACAGUGAAGGUGACAGGUCGGCUGACGCUGCUUCACCCCAGGUUGUCCCCGCACCCUCUGGGCAUGGGCAGUGGCCCCCUCAUUCCUGCCCGGCUGGGCAGGCCAGUGGCCAGGGGGAGCUGUCGGGACAGUUGUGUGCCACUGGAAGAAAAACCCAAAUCAGGUAGAGAAAGCAAAAAAUACUUGGCUAUAAGCCGUGCUGUUUGACUUGUAGCCAGCUUCUGACGAUGGGCGACUUGAGGUCAGUGGGAAGGCUCCUUGACCGAAGUUCAAAGCCGUCUGUCUGAGUUACCCGGACGGCAGGCGAGGAGCUGGCCUGCGUGGACCACACUUCUCGGCGCUGCAGAGAAUCUUUUGCACUAAAUCAUGCUGUUUCCUGAAAGCUUUGUUUUGUGUUAAUUAACUCACGUUACUCAGAUCCUCUGAAGCCCACCUAACCGAGGUGGGCGCAUGUCCACGUGGUCGGGAUGGCAGGAGGGGUCUGGCCGUGCCGCCUCGAAUGUAAGCGGCAGUGCGAGGAGUUGCUACGCUGAAGAUGAAGCUGCUCGGUGUCUUGAGUGCCUGUUAAAUUCUUUAUGAAAUGAGCCACCUGCAUUAAACUUAUUUUUUUAACA